AUGUCGUCGAGUAACAGGAACUACGACUUCCUGAUUAAGCUGCUGCUGAUCGGAGACUCGGGCGUUGGCAAGUCAUGCUGUCUGCUUCGCUUUAGCGAGGACUCGUUCACCCCGUCCUUCAUCACGACCAUCGGCAUCGACUUCAAGAUCCGGACGAUUGAGCUCGAUGGCAAGCGGGUGAAGCUACAGAUCUGGGAUACGGCCGGGCAGGAGCGGUUCCGGACAAUCACGACGGCGUACUACCGGGGCGCGAUGGGGAUUUUGCUGGUCUACGACGUGACCGACGAGAGGUCAUUCAACAACAUUCGAACCUGGUUCGCCAACGUGGAGCAGCACGCGACAGAGGGCGUCAACAAGAUCCUGAUCGGCAACAAGUGCGACUGGGAGGAGAAGCGGGUUGUGUCGACGGAGCGAGGCCAGCAGCUGGCCGACGAGCUGGGCAUUCCCUUCCUCGAGGUGUCGGCCAAGACCAACCACAACAUCGACCAAGCGUUUUACAGCCUUGCGGCCGACAUCAAGAAGCGGAUCAUCGACACGUCGAAGCCCGAGCAGGCCGGUGCCGGGCCGGCGGUGAACGUUGGAGAACAGAGUGGGGGUGCCAGCGGUAAGGGGUGCUGCUAA